ACCCCAACAUUACCGCUGCCUUAGGCGUCGGCACUCUUUGACCAGGAGCCCCUCUAGUGAGGAGUACCUCAUCUCUCGAAGGCCUCCUCUUCUGGAGCUUUGAUGGUACGGGCGCAGGUACCUGGGAAAUAGUUGUAGUGGGCGUGACAGAUCGUUGUGGCAAUCUACCAGUAGGUGCACGGCGGGGGUACGGCGGUUGUUCCUCCAUCUUCCUUGGAAGAUUGGAAUGUGAUUUAUAGGUAGCCAUGUUGGGCAAUUCGGUGCGACACGGGUAAAGACUGUGCGCAACGAUAGACCAGGCCCUGUAUACCAAAAGCUUGUAUGUGCUGAGCAGCUCAUAGAGACAUCGGUAUGGUCAACAAGAAGGCGACUUCGGGCGCCAAAAAGGUCGAUGUUGGGGUAUGCUAGUCGAGUCCGCUCUUGGUGUCGUCAGCAACGUUCAGCUCAGGGUGCUUCCGGACGUUUAUUUGGUGUGUGCUGUGUGUAGCUUUCGGAUUACCCAGAGUACUGGAAGCCUGGGGGUGGCGAAUCUGACUAGACUUCAGGUACAUCGGGCGGGAGCCGCGCCAUUUAAGACGGCUAACAAUUUACUACGCAAUUCCCAAAUGUCCAGCAAAAACUCGGUGAGGACUGGUCACUCUUGCUCCAACUACGCCACCCUACGGCGGUUCCGAGUGAGUCGUGGCGUUCGCAAAACCGUUGCGAGGCGAGCAGACGCUCAAGGACGGGCCAGCGAGGGAGGAUAUAACUUGGGAGCUGUAGCUCACGCGCCCGUGUUGGUCUCCACGGUCCUUCGUCGGCCACGGACCGGGAGCUCCAAGGGACUCCUAGCUCAACGAUCAAAAGGACACCUAGGGGAUAAUUUGGUCGUUGGAUGGGCGCGUCCGGACUUGCUGACUCUACUGUCUGACAAGUUCAAGCGGGGUUUAGGUCUGAUAUAUGGCGUGCGGCCCAACACGACCCUCAGGAACGAGAAGCGGCGCUCUCCUGGCCAGGGACGAAAGGCUCGCGGGUCCGGGGCAUUGCCGUCUAGCAGAGCGCUUGCGCUUAGAGGGCGGGUAGAGAGGUCUCAGCGAAAGAGGCCAUCCACCACGCACAGACGGGAUGCUGGAGGCGUGACUAGACGAGAGUCGAGUGCCAGCGAUUGGGUGUCAGUACUCUCACUAGCCAUCGGGUUUUCCCACAAUAUCAUGCGACUGCCGACGAUCAAAAGCAAUAGCCAUCUUGAGAGUCCACUUUUCCUCGUUGGUGGAGACCAGACGACUCAAUCGCAGCUGAGGUAUGAUAAUUGACGAGUCGCAGUAUGUGCUGGCUUUUGGAAGAGAUACUUCAGUAAAGCCACUGUCCUGCUCAGCCAAAGCACGAGAAAGCCUACUUUACAGCGUCCACCAGCCGACUCUCAACAGAACAUCA